AUGGCCUACCCUCAAGGCAACAGACAAGCCAAAGUCGCCAAUCGGGAAAUCCUCAGAGUUCUGUGUGAUCGGCUCGACCACACCGAAGGCAGCUGGGUCGACGAGCUCCCCAGUGUCUUGUGGGCCCUUCGCACGACCUCGAAGGAGGGCACCGGCGUAACCCCCUUCCACUUGGUAUACGACGGUGAAGUAGUUGCCCUCGUAGAGGUCGGAGUAGAAUCCGAUCGAGUGCAGUACUACAAUGAAGGAAACACUGAACGAAGGCUCAUGGAGCUCGACUUGGUGGACGAAACACGAGCUAAAGCAGUGGUUCAGCUAACGGCGUACCGACAAUGGGUGAUGCAGAACUACAACCAGAGGGUGAUCCCGAGGUCCUUCUAG